AUGGGCUGGCGGCGGGUCCCGGUCCAGUGGCCGGCGCUGCGGGCGGCGGGCCAUGAUGGGUCUGAUUGAGUCGGGUCUGGCCCGGGUGCCCAGCUGGAGGGGGAGGCCGUGAAUGGGCGGCAGAGUCUACGCGGCUCCGUUCGGCUGACUGAGAAGCUGGGCUGGCUGCAGGAAGAAUGACAAGAGCAAACACUUUAAUGUUGCCACAUUGGUAGGAGUGUCCUUGCUGAUACUUGUAAGACUGGCCAGCCUCUCCAGUUUUGCAUCUCACCUGCUCAUUCAUUCAGGAAGAUUUACUGAGCACUUCCAUGAGCCAGGAACCAUGCGGGGCCAGCGAAGCCUACUGCUUGGCCCAGCCCGCCUCUGCCUGCGCCUCCUUCUGCUCCUGGGCUACAGGCGACGCUGCCCACCUCUGCUCCGAAGCCUUGUACAGCGUUGGCGCUAUGGCAGAGUUUGCCUGCGCUCCCUGCUCUACAACUCCUUUGGGGGCAGCGACACUGCUGUUGAUGCUGCCUUUGAGCCUGUUUACUGGCUGGUGGACAAUGUGAUCCGUUGGUUUGGGGUGGUGUUCGUGGUUCUGGUGAUUGUGCUAACUGGCUCCAUCGUGGCCAUCGCCUAGUGUGUCCUGCCCCUCAUCCUCCGAACCUACUCAGUGCCACGGCUCUGCUGGCAUUUCUUCUAUAGUCACUGGAACCUGAUCCUCAUUGUCUUCCAUUACUACCAGGCAAUCACCACUCCUCCUGGGUACCCACCUCAGGGCAGGAAUGACAUUGCUACAGUCUCCAUUUGCAAGAAGUGCAUUUAUCCUAAGCCAGCCCGAACUCACCACUGCAGCAUCUGUAAUAUGUGUGUGCUGAAGAUGGAUCAUCACUGCCCUUGGCUAAAUAACUGUGUGGGCCACUAUAACCACCGGUACUUCUUCUCUUUCUGCUUUUUCAUGACUCUGGGCUGUGUCUACUGUAGCCAUGGAAGUUGGGACCUUUUCCGCGAGGCUUAUGCUGCCAUUGAGACUUACCACCAGACCCCACCACCCACCUUCUCCUUUCGAGAAAGGAUAACUCACAAGAGUCUUGUCUACCUCUGGUUCCUGUGCAGUUCCGUGGCACUGGCCUUGGGUGCUCUAACUGUAUGGCAUGCCAUUCUCAUCAGUCGGGGAGAGACUAGCAUCGAAAGGCACAUCAACAAGAAGGAGAGACGUCGUUUACAAGCCAAAGGCAGGGUUUUUAGGAAUCCUUACAACUAUGGCUGCUUGGACAACUGGAAGGUGUUCCUGGGUGUGGACACAGGAAGGCAUUGGCUGACUCGGGUGCUGUUACCUUCUAGUCACCUACCCCAUGGGAAUGGAAUGAGCUGGGAUCCCCCUCCCUGGGUGACUGCUCACUCAGCCUCUGUGAUGGCAGUGUGAGCCAGACUGACAGUCACAGCCCUUGUUCUGCUGCCUGUGUUGUCAAGAGCCUCCAAAAGGCAGCUUUUUUUUUUGGAAAUCUAUGAUCAUAAGAGCCAUUGGGCCUGUCUUAGGGCACUAUGCAGGGACACCUUAAAGACCAAUCUUCUGGCCACUAAAAAAGCAAGAUGCAGUUGG